GGAUUCCAGGUUUGUACUUCAGAUACAGUAUAUCUCAGUUGCUGUAGAGUUCAGCAUAAAGGCUAAGGGCAACCCCCCACCCCACUGAACACCCACACUUAACACUUCUUAUCUCCGUCCCUUAUGCGAAAUUCACAGUUUAUCUGUUAACAAAAUUUGAAUUGCAAAACAGUAGAGGAAAUAUGCUGCCCGCCAUCUGUGUCAAUAGGCUCUUAUCAGUUUACUAGAUCAGUUUCUGUCUCACCAAGUUGUCAUGAUGAUGAUGUGUGCGAUGAUAUAAAAACGAUGGUCAGUUGGUAGCUGGAGCAUACAGUCAUCAGGAUUACCAAGAACUUCUGCUCUUAAUUUUUUUUAUAGCAUCACUUCAGUGUUCAUCUAAAUGAAGCCUGUGUCACUGUGGAUACUUGGGCUUCUGUGCACCAGCCUCACGGGAGCACAUGAGCUCAAGGACUUUCCAGAAAAUUUUGUGGAGGCAAAAAAGAGUGAUGCAAGUGUCACACUGACCUGCGAUACAAAGACCAACGAACCUGUCACAUGGAAGUUUGACGGGGUCAUGAUGGAGGAUGUCUUUUUUGAGGACAAUGUCCAGCAGCACAAUCAAAGUCUGACUGUGUCAGAAUUACAGCCACCCAUGUUGGGAAAAUACAGCUGCUGGAGAGGAGGAGAGAUGUUAUCAUCAACAUAUCUACUGCUGGAGGCUAACGACGAAGAGUUAGGUGAGUCAGAUUCUUUUUUCAGUUGUCGGGCAAAGUCGUAUCACUGUAACUUCAGCUGCAAGUGGACCCAAAGAAAAUACACAGCAGUGCGCAUUGGACUGGGCCAAGACUGCAGUGAAGGUAGGAAGUCGUGUCACUGGGUCAGCAGCAGUGAGCAGCUACCGGGUGGGGGAUUCCAGUUUGAGCUGCCCCACUCCCUCUCACCCUACGCUGAGGAAAGCAGCAUGCUCGAACUCACUGCUGAGGCCAUCACUAAUUUCCGCAUCCUCAGGAGAACCAAGAGAUUUUAUCUCAGAGACAUUGUUCAACCCGAUAGUCCCCGAAUUGUGAAGUGUCAGGAGGUGGAGCAGGACCUGAAUGUGACCAUUGAUCCACCGUCCAGCUGGUCAACUCCUCACAGCUUCUUCUCUCUGGAGCAUGAGAUUGAAUACGUGUUUAAAGAUGAUGGCAUGACCGGACGUUCUUUAUCUCUUCUGAUACCGAAGAGAAUCAGCAAGCUGAGGGUUCGCUCCAGAGACUCGCUGGUGUUCUCAGCCUGGAGCCAGUGGACUCCCUGGAAAAAUGUGAGAACAGGGAAAAGGAACCAAUAUAAAUGCAGAAACUCAGCAAAACCUUGCUGUCCGGCGUUGCCAUCUUGGUCCUUGAACAUCUGCAAGAAGAGAUGGAAGAAAAAAAGGAUCAAAGAUCCUAACAGGAGCCAGACAUCUUAAAAAGAUGUUAAAUAAAAACUUGCACUGCAA